AUGGACUUCCGGCAGCUGCUGCGUGAGGAGCGCCGUCGAGCGCGCGAGGCAGCUCAGAGCCAAACCUCUACCGAGCUGAGGAGCGGGUCCAAGAUUGACAUCGAGGAGUUCCGCAGGGGCCCCAUCCCUGGCGUCUACUACAUCCCCAACUGGAUCACGCAGGACGAGGAGAAGGCGAUCCUGGAGCGGGUCUACGCGGUCCCGGACGACAGCGACCUCUGGGUGAGGCUCAAGCACCGGCGGCUGCAGAUGUGGGGAGGAGAAGUCAAGGCCCCGUUCGACCCCAAGCCGCUGCCUCGAUGGCUGACGCAGAUCAGCCAGACGCUGGUGGAAGCGGGGAUCUUCAGUGAAGAGAAGAAACCCAACCACGCUCUGAUCAACGAGUACGGCGUGGGAGAUUGCAUCAUGCCGCACGAGGACGGACCUGCCUACUAUCCGUUUGUGUCCAUUAUCAGCACUGGCGCCGAAUGCCGUGUCACCUUCGAGCCCCAUCGAGCUUUGGAGGCAAGUUCGGCAACGGUCAGCGAAGUUGUGCCGCACUUCGACUUCCAGUUGGAGCGUCGCAGCUUGCUCUUGUUCACGGGCGAAGCGUACACGCGUUACCUGCACAGCAUCGACAACAUUGAAGUGGGCACCCGCAUCUCACUGACCGUUCGCCAUGUCGACCUCCGCUAG